UAAUAUUCCGUUUUUUGUCUCUCAAAAUACUAGGUUCCUGAAAGGGACCUUAGCGUUCAUUCUCAUCAUCUCUGGGGAACAAAUUUCUCUAAACCUUACAGGAGGUUUUGGGAAUGGAUGAGGUCAUGAAAACAGAGGGUCAUUUGACAUCACCUGCAGCUUUUGUGGAAGGUGGAAUUCAAGAUGCCUGUGAUGAUUCUUGCAGCAUUUGCCUCGAGGCUUUCUGCGAAAGCGAUCCUUCUACGGUAACUAGCUGCAAUCAUGAGUUUCAUCUCCAAUGUGUCCUGGAAUGGUGUCAGAGAAGUUCUAAUUGUCCAAUGUGUUGGCAGUCCAUAAGUUUGAAAGAUCAGAUGAGUCAAGAAUUGUUUGAGGCUCUGGAACAAGAAAGGAACUUUAGAGUUAAUGCGGAAAGAAAUGCUACACUAUUGCACCUUCCUGCGCUUGGAGAUUUCGGAUUACAGCAUUUACCUGUGGAUAUUGAUGAUCCUGAACUUGAAGAGCGCAUUCUUCAGCAUUUGGCUGCUGCUGUUUCAAUGGGAAGGGCUCACCAUGCGGGUCGAAGGGAGGGCUCAAGAAAUCGCUCAUCCGCCAAUGACCGUCCACAAUUUUUUCAUCCUAAUUCCUCUCCAACCGCUUCUGUUUCACCUUCUCCUGCGGGAUUAAAUUCUGAUCUUGCUGCAGCCACAAUAGCUGAUUCUUCUCUUCCCAUUACCCCCGGUAACAGUGAAUCAGCACAACAUACGCCUCACCUUUCAUCAGUUCAAAGUAAUCAACUUUCUGCUUCAUCAUCUCGAUCUGUUCUGAACCCAGCCACAAUACAAGGAAUAUCUAUUGGUGAUAGACACUCUUCUAGUUCGUCUUUGACACCAAGCCAAGGGAAAGCUGGACCAUCAGACCUUCAGUCACUAUCAGAGUCCUGGAAAUCUCGAUUUAAUUCUCUAUCAAUGAAAUAUAAAGAAUCAAUCUCAAAGAAUACACGAGGGUGGAAGGAGAGAUUGUUUUCUCGAAGCUCUUCAAUGCCUGAUGUUGGUUCUGGUAGGAGCAAGGCGAAUGCUGGAAUUGCUAGUCUAUCUCGCCUGAUGGAACGCCUGGAAACUCGAGAAAAUAGUAGAGCUGGUUCUGUUUCAGCAGUUACUAAUAUAGUGGAUUCUUCACACACACUCCAGAGAGACCAUGGUAAUAUGGGUACUCAUAUUGGAAAUGGAUUGAACCGAAACUCAACAGCUUCUGCUGCAAGUUCAGCUCGGAAUUAAGUCUUCUAUUUAAGCAUUUACCUGGCAUCUGUCCUCAGCAUUUCAUCUUUGAAUGGAUUGCUGAGUUGCUUACACUUUUGGUUUGUCACUCGCCCUAUGCAUCGAGUACAGCAACAGAAACUAAGGAUUGCUAAAGAUACUUUCUUGCUUUGUCGGUUUGUCCCUUGCCCUAUAUUGAGUGGAGCAGCUCUUGUUAUCGGUACCUCUUUGCUUUUGUUGCUAGUUGAAGAGGUCUCUUUUGGUUGCUAAAAGGCAACCCUAUAAAAGAAACAAUGUUAUUAACUUGCCGGGGUUCAAAUAUGACAUGCUGAGGACGAGAUAUCUUCCUCCAGUCUUUUCAAAAGGAGCAAUAGCAGUUGCAACAUGAAUGUGAUUUGCCUGUAUAUUUGUUUAUACGUUAACGUGAAUCGAAUGUUGAACCAUAUCACUAGAA